AUGGCAAGCGCUCAAUUUACAACACAUGGGAUAAUGCUGGAAAAAGAGGUCUUGCCCUUCCUCUUUGGUGUGUUGUUCUCUACCAUCGCAGGACGGACCUUAGGAUCAGUGGUGGCGGUAGUGGUAGUCUGCUAUCUGUUCUUACUUUAUCUCCGAAAACAGAAACAAGAUGUGUGUCUAUUUUGCCUCACUAAAGUCAGUCAAAGAAAUCAGCCCUAUUUCAAGUCAGCUUUUAGUUUCUUUCCAACACCAAUAAAACUACCGGUCACCCUGGAAUCUUUAUUCACUGAGCACACCUACAAAUCCGUGUUAGAAAUUGACGUUAUUGAAGACACAGAUUCAGGAAUGGGGAGAGGUGUAUGCAGAUUUCUAACGAAGGACACCAAUACAUGUAUUAAUGAUCGCAGAUAUUAACAAUCUCAUUGGAUUUUUUAAAACAGGAUUUGCAAAAUUGCAGACAAGAAUCCGUUUGAUAAUAUAUUAUAUUAUACUUUCAUGUAAAUUACUUGAAUCUGAUUCGUCGAGAAACAUUUGAUAAAAAACACUGCUACCCGCUGAAUAAUGAAACCACGCCCUCUUGCGUAGCAACAGUCAACAUUGCUUGACGACGGGUGGUAUUCCCAAAAAUAGCGACUGCGCGGAAUUUAUGCGCGCACAGUUCACUGUAAUAUGUAUUGUAUCAAACAUUCAGUAUAAUAUAAUAAAUAUUGCAUGUAGUUGAGUGUAACAUUGAAAAUUUUCACCCCUCGAAAACCAUUGUCAACCUCGGGUGCGCCUCGGUUGA